UAUAAGUUGAAAAACAGUCAAAGAUCGUCAUUCGAGUUGAAUCGAUUGAUUGUGUAUCAUUUCAAGACCGAUUUUUUCUCUUUUCUCGUUUUUUUCUUUUUCAUUUUGGAACUAUAAAAAGGCUAAUAAGGGUUGAAAAUAAUCAUGAAAUAUAUUAUUGCAUCUGUACAAAUAUUGGCCAUGAUUUGGUUGGUCGCCUUGGCAUUCCCGCAAAGAGAUUUCCAGUGGUCGAGUGACAUUUUUGAUGUUGAUGAUAAUGAUAAUAAUGUGCCGAGUAGCACCACACAAGCAACGACGAAUUGUCCUUGUAUUGCAACUGCAGAAUACAACCCAGUAUGUGGCACCGAUAAUGUUACAUAUUGGAAUAUGGGAAGAUUUAAUUGUGCAAAAAAUUGUAAUCCACGACUUGAAAUAAAGGUGAUUAGAGCUUGCGAGCCAUACAGCCAAUUGAGCAGUAGUUAAAUAUCACAUGGUUUAUAAUUCGCUUCCAUAUGAUUGAGAAAACGGCAUAACAACACGUGAGAAUCCAGAUGGACAAGUACAGAUAUCUUAAUAUUUUGAUACUUUUAUAAUUUUAACUUUUUGUACUGUUAUUAUUUUUUGUUUCUUCAACAAUAAUUCUGACAUUUUUUGUAUAUUGUAUGUGUAUAUUAAAUAUUGCAGAUUUUUACAUUACUAUAGUAUAUUCUCUCGAUAUGCAAGUUAUCGUAAUCGCAAAUUAUUAUCACAUUAAUUACAUCUUCUUAUAAGCUUACAUAUGUUAUCAAUAGUCAAUAGAUUACUACAUCGCAUGUGUAUAAGUGUAUGUUUUCCACGAAGUGUUAUUAAUAUGAAAACUGACGUGUACAUUUUAAUAUUCUAGCUAAAUUAAAAUAUUUUGUAAUACAUUUCAUUAUUUAUCAUAUGAUUAAUUCAACAAUUAUGAAUAUUGACAUUAACAUUUUAUCACCAAAUGAUUCUAGCUCAAAAACAAAAACGUUUUCCAUUAUCGUUGAUGAGCGAUACGAUCAAAGAAAUAAUAAUUCUGUUAAUAGGAUUUUAUUAGCAUUCUUGUAUGAUUUGUAGAAAUAUGUCUGACGAAUAAAUGCUGGAACAUGAAGAGGUUAUAAUAAAA